AUGGCCACAGCGAGCGAUGAUAUUGAGAAGCUUUACGAACAUGGGGAGAAACUAGCGAGCUCGAAGGACAAGACGCAGAACGAGAAGGACUACCUCGGGGUCAUCGCGGCAGCGACGGGGAGCAGCAAGGCGAAGCUGUUCGCAGCGCAGCAGAUUCCGCGCUUCUUCAAAUUCUUUCCGCAGCUGUCCGCCGAAGGCAUCAACGCGCAGCUAGAUCUCUGCGAGGAUGACGACAUCAAUAUUCGACUACCCGCGAUUCGAGGGCUCCCUUUCCUGUGCAAGGACACACCGGAGCAUCUCCCAAAGAUCGCUGACGUGCUGGGCCAACUGCUCAUUGGAGAGGAGCCGGAGCACGGAGUGGUGCAGAACUCGUUGAUGCAGGUGCUCAGGCAGGACCCCAAAGGGAGUCUGGCGGCGAUAUUCAAGCACAUAGAGAGCUCCGAGGACAAGCUGCGGGAGAACGUGCUCUCCUUCAUUCGCGACAAGGUGUUUCCGAACAAGGCGAGCGUCCUGGUGCCUCAGGCAGAGAUGGAAAGACAUGUGACUGACCUGAUCAAGGGCAUACAAGACGUGACGGGCGAGGAGUUCGCCAUGUUUAUGGCGUUCCUGCAGGGCCUCGCGCUGUUUGGCGCCAAGGCACCACCCGAGCGCAUGCAGGAGCUGGUGGAGAUCGUGGAGGGGCAGGCCGACCUCCUCGCCUCCUUCGAUGCGUCAGACACGGACCACAUAGAGCGGGUGAUGGCGUGCCUGCAGAUGGCGCUGCCCUUCUUCGCUAGGGGCGGGUCGAACAGCAAGUUCUUCAACUUCAUCGCCAAGCACAUCCUCCCCGCCUUCCACAAGGUGGCGGAGGACAGGAGGGGCGAGCUGCUGCGGAGCAUGGCGGAGGCGUCGCCCUUCACAUCACCCGCCGACUCCAGACACCUGCUGCCAGGGGUCACUGAUCUGCUCAAGGAGUACAUGGCAAAGAAGGGCGCGGAUCUGGACAUCACGGCACUGGAGGCGCUGCUCUUCACCUUCAACCAGCUCGCCCACAAGACGCCCAACGCCACGAAUGCGCUGUGUGGGUACAAGAUCGUGACGGGGCAGCCGUCUGACCGCCUGGGGGAGGACUUCAAAGACCUGCACACUGACUGGCUCGCCAGGGUGGCGGGCGUGGAGGAGGAGGUGAAGAAGCGCAUCAAGGUGGUGAUGCAGGAGGUGGCGGAGAUCACCAAGCAGCAGCGCUCCGCCAAGGAUGAACCCACCAUCACCGAACUUAAGGAGAAGAAGGCAGCAGCGGCGCGCACACUCAAGGCAUUGCAGAACAUUGAGAAGCUCAGCAAGCCACUCAAGUCCACGGUGCCGCAGUUCCUGGGCGGCAAGGCGGCACCGGCACUCUCUUGGAAGCCCGAGGCUGCCGCCCCUGCAGGGCCCUCCGCUGCCAAGCCUGGCUCAGCGCAAGCAGUGGGGGCGAAACGAGGGGCAGGGCCAGCAAAUGGCAAGGGUGGGGCGGCAGCAGCACCGCAGCAGAAGAAGGUGCGGCAGGAUGGCGGUGCAGGUGGCGGCGGUGGUGGGAAGCUCAUUGGCCGGGCCGUACAGGACUCGUCGCGGCCGCCCUAUGACGAGAGCUGUCCUUUCCUUUUUCAGAUUGCCCGGUGUCGCGGCAACGGGCGACCAGACAGCGGGUUCGUGCGCUACUCGUGGUACUCCAACAGCUGCGGCCGCACGCUCCGCUUCAACUCCAAGUCGUUCCUGAACAUGAUUAAGGGAAAAACCAUCGCCGUCAUCGGCGACUCGCUCACCGCCGCCAACUUCGUGCCGUCGCUGCUCUGCCAGAUCAACGAGGUCACGACGGUGAAGAACGGGUCGCGGCGCACGCUAGACGGUGGCAGCGGCGCGCAGUACAUGCCGGACAUGGUGGCGUUCUAUUACGACAUCCCCGCGUACGGCGCGCGCAUCGUCAGCAUCUGGGACGACUACCUCAUGCGCACCUCCACCGGUACGUACGUUGGGGGAGCGGGAAGGCAGUAUCAAAACAACGUAGCCGCGUUGAGGUUACAAGGAGCAGGCUGUGCUGUGGGUAGCUGGGGGAAGCGUGAUGCGCCUCUAAGGGUCGUCAAAAUCUGGGACGACUACCUCAUUGCGCACCUCCGUCGGUACGUCGUGGGGGCGGGCGGGCAAUGUCAUAUCUUCUGGGGCGACAUCGUGGGCGAGUGGCACGCCGUGGUGAUGGAGACCACGUCGCACUGGCGCGUCGUGCCCGACGCGCCGCGCCUCAUCUUCACCAACGACGACUGGCAGACGCUCAACGGCGUCGACCCCUACAUGGCGCACGCGCGCGCGCUGAAGACGAUCGCGAGCUUCUUCGAGGCGCGGCGGCAGGCGGGGAAGGCGUUCCCCGUGCCCUUCUUCAUGACGGCGCCACCGCAGCACUCCGCCAAGAAGAUCGGCGGCAGCGGCGUGUGCGGGUCGCCGGGGCGCGUGCUGAACGACGCGGAGAUCGACAAGAUGCUUCGCACCAACGUGCAGCUCUCGCGCUAUUGGCCCAUGCAGCGCGCCGCGUUCCCCGACGGGUCGGCGGUGCGGCGGUUUGACAUCACGCUCGUGAGCGCGUACCGACCCGAGGCGCACUGCGGGAUCUACUCGAAAAAGAACAACCCAGGAGUGCCGGACAUUUGGGUGGACCUCUUUCACGAGAUGCUGCUGGCCGAGCCACUCUUUUCCGGUGACUCCACCACUGCCGCCUCCAAGCCUACCUCUAAGCCUAAACCCAAACCCAAGCCCAAGCCGACUCCCAAGAAGCCCAAGCCUUCCCCGUCGCCUUCCAAGCCGAAAGCAUCCCCGUCGCCUUCCAAGCCUAAACCCUCCCCGUCGCCGUCUCCCGAGAAGUCACCGCCACCGCCGGCGCCGGCCUCCCCACCCCCUUACGUGCCGCUAGACCCCACCAAGCCCAACCGCUUCAAGCGCAAACCAGGCACGUGA